AUGCUACUACCGAGACGUCGAGUAGAUAUCACCUCCAACGCUGUUCGGAUCGAAGUGGUACCAUCGCGAACUUCAGCGAUGAAUGGUGCUAGCAAGGGUCAUCCCUUAGUUUCGAGUGCCCCACCGCAAGCCUUCGAGCGCAGCCGCUUACGCAACUACAACGAAAAUCAUGCCGUUUUGACCCGACAGCAACCUGCUUUACGUUGCUGCAACAUUGAAUACGGCAUCCAUCAUCCCGUGAUCACUGCUAGAAUGCACGAGGAACUACGAGCCCCUCAGCGAUCGCUGUCCAUGCCACGAUCUUAA